UUAUUACUCUAGCCCUAUGAAAGCAUCUCAUGAUAAAUUGUAAUGCAAAUUUGAGGUAUCUUCUUCUUUUUUAAUAAAUUGGUAAAACAUUUGGUUAACACUUAAUUGGGUAAGGUAGGAUAGUAGGAAAGGAUUAUGAAAUUUGGCACCAGACUGGCUGGGAUUCAAAUCCCACACCUGCAAUUUUCUUCACCCAAUGCUCGUGCUCAAUUACAUCCUCUUUGCUUUACCAGCUGUAGGUGUAUUCUGAUACUACCUCCCUCACAGGACUGUGGGAUGUAGGAAGAGUUUAGCAUGCUUUUUUUGCACUGUUUUUAAAAUUAUCUUAAAAUAGCGAAUCUUCUAGAAUUAAUAAUUUAUUUACCUUACAACUAAGAUAGGCUUUAAGAGACUUCACAACGUGAGAACUCUGUCCUUCGAUGCAAAGAUUAUAUAGGUUGGCUAUCAAAAUGAAUAAACUCAAGAGUUAUGAAUUAUGAAGAUCAGAGGAUGGUUAGAAAAAGUGAUAGAAUAAGGGACAUCUUCACAGAUGUUGGCUGUACCGAGAUUUGGAAGAGAAAGGAAGACUGGAUAGAAAAAAAUCAAAGAGUAGAAAAAGAGGCUGCCCUGGCUGAGGAGCAGGGGACACACAGGAAUGAAAGUGGUGCAUUCCUAGAAGACUGGAGAAUUAGGAGUUGGAAAUGGGAGUAGGUGUAGAAUAUUGAGAUAAGAUAAAGGGUGUGCUUGAGAUUCCAUAGGGAAGGACAAAGUUUUGAAAGAUCAGAUAGCCAGGCGGAAGACUUCUCAUUAUCCUGUGGGGGGUGGGGGAUCACUGGUUUAAUUAGCAUCGUGAUUGAUUAAUUAACUCGAUAAAAAUCUUUCAGGUACGGAACUACAAAACUUAGUAAACUGUGCAGAUUUCGUCUUCACCGAGGCCAAAUAUGAACUAUUUCAGAUUGUCCCUCAACCUCCAGGCAAGCACAAAUUCCGUAGUCAGGCAUUUAUCUUUACUCCUGAUUUUCCUAUCUACCAAUAAUGGAAUGAUCACUUCCUUCAGCAGACAUUCUAGACACUGACCAUGAAGUAAGGCAUUAUUCUCUAGUAAAGAUGUUUAACAGCUUAAAAUAAAAUGGUAUGGCUAAAGGAGAAAACACAACAUUUUAGAGUAUUAACUUCAAGAUUUUCUUCCUGUGAAAUUGCCAGCUUAUGGGUGAGAAUCAUUUAAAAAAAUACUUAAGGGGCUAGAUGUGUUAGGCACUCACAGUACAAGGUACUGGGGACAGAACAAAGAACAAGAUACUCACUCAACCAAAGAGUUGAAACUCCAGAUCCAGAGUCCGGGCUGUUCAGCAGUUUCUGGGAACCUCUUAGAGUUGUUAAUUCACAGACCCCACCCUAAUCUACUCAAUCAGAGCUCCUGGGGGUGGGACCAAGAAAUCUGCAUUUUAAUAAAGUCAGGUGAUUCCAAAGCUCCCUGAGAGUCUGAUAAUCACUGGGUAGAUUAAUUGUAGAAUAUGAUUUGAAACUUCACAGAUGCCUCCCUGGUGGUAGAGGGAGGGGCUGAGCGAGCAACAGAGCAGCUGAAAGGUCUUCACUUUCCAUAGUUGCAGCUACUUUCCCUAGAGGAAAAUACCCAGGAUUACUACAAAGAAACACGUGGCUGCCAAAGAGCUGUUGGAUUUGAGAAGUCCGGGGUGCCCUGACCUCCUCUAUCAGUGUGGAUUGUUUCCUUGGGUCUUUGUGGACCCUGACGCUGCCAAUUGUGCCUGUUCCAGAAAACGAAGGAAGCCUGCCAGUCUUUUCCUGUUCAGCGUGCAGGGAGGUAAUCCACAUCAGAAACAAAUAGUCCAGUCUUCCACUAGGGGCAUCUACCAAGAUGUCCAAAAGGUUCAGCCACCAGUUGCAGCACAACAUCACAGAAGAUGCCUAUUGUAAGACACACCUGGAGCCAACCCAGCUGUUCUGUGAGGAUGACCAAAUCACACUGUGCAGCAUCUGCUUCCAGUCCAAGGAGCACAAGCAUCAUGUGGUGUACAGGAUACAAGAAGCCGCCAAGAAUUACAGGAAGUUACUCCAAGAAAUAUUGAACACACUGAAAGAGAAACUUGAAGUAGCUAAAAGCUUAUUGGCUGAUGAGCAAGAAAGAAUGAUGAUGGUUCAGGAAGAAGAACAGAAUUAUAAAGAGAUGAUUGAGUCUGAAUAUAGAACGAGGCUCCGGUUGUUGAGUGAAGUGAAUGAGCUAAACUUCCAGAGACUACCAGGAUGCACAUCUGACUUAAAUUUGGGAGAAGCCGGUCCGAAUCAAUUGAUCGGGUUUGCUACAGAGCUAGAGAAGUCCUCCCAGGAAAUGCUACAGAGACUGAGCCAUGUGGGGAGAGAGAACAUGAACAAACUGAAGGAGAGCGAGGUCAGAGUUUCUGAGCAGAUCUGCAGCCUCCAAAGGGUCACUGCGGAGCUUGAGAAGAAGUGUGGGGAGCCCGCCUUGCAGUGCUCAAGAAUGCAAGACAUUGUUUGGAAAGGGGUGAGUCACUACUGCUUCAGUGUCUAGAGCCUGCUCCCAUCACAGACCUGAGUUUAUGUCAAACACUAGGAAUGAGCCAAAUACUAAGAGCGUUCCACAGACUCAUAACUUUGGAUCCCAA